UCAAUCGUCAAUAACGCACUAUUUGAAUAGCACUCUGCAGAUAAGUUUUCAAACUUUCUAAUUACCCAAGCGAAAGCAUCGCAUUGAGCUUCGCAUUUCAGCCCAGCAAUUUAAACGUUCAAUACAACUCAACCCGAAUUGGCCAUGAACGGAAAACAAUUGUGCAUUUGGUUCGCGCUGUUUGCUCUGCUGUUGGAGGGCAGCGGGGCACAGGAACAGGAUGAGGUCACAACGCAGCUGCCAGCGGUGGAAACAGAAUUGCCACCGCAUGAGGAACCUGCUGUGGUAGAGAUAGUUGAGCCUGCAACUGAACCGGUUUCUACAGCGGAAGCUGCGACAGUUUCGGAAUCAGCAGCUGAACCUGCGGUUGAACCUGAAGCUGUUGCUGCAAAAGCUCCUGAAGCCGAACCCUCACCUGAAUUAAUUAAUGAAGAUGCUGAAGCUGAACCAACAACCGAGGUUAAGCCAGCAGAAGAGCUUGAACCAGCAGCUGAAGCUGAACCUGAACCUGAAGCACAGCCUGAACCUUCAGUUGAAGCUGAACCAGCGGCUGAACCUGAACCGCUUUCUGAACCGGCAAUUCAAUCCGAAACAAAACCUGCAGCUGAACCCGAAACCCAACCUGCAGCUGAACUACUUCCUGAGCCAGCAGCUGAACCCGAAACUGAACCUGCAACUGAACCACUUCCUGAACCAGCAGCUGAACCGGAAGCUAAAUCUGAAACUGCUCCUGAAGCAGAAGCGGAUUACCAGAAUGAUGCAGCUGCAAGCCAAAGUCACAGUUCAGUAGAGCCAACAACAAAGCAGCCAAGUCCCAGUUUGAACACGAUGACUUGUUAUAGCUGCUCCAGCUACCCGAGAGGCAGGUGUGAUCAAAAGCCCAGUGAUUCGUCUCCAUGUCAGGCAAUCACCAAAGAAGGAUGCUACACACUCAUUAAAUCUGAUACCCAGCUCAUAAUGCGUGGUUGCAUUUCGGAGCUGUCGGAGGAGGGAAACAAAUAUUGCCGCAAGGAGCCAAAGCACUGUGUGCUCUGCUAUGAUAAGCUAUGCAACAAGGAUGUGGCACCGCCUGCCACAGCAAGUGCAGUUCGAAUGCUAAACAACUCCGCUGAGUGGAUUCUCUAUGUCCUAAAAUUAAUUCUGUUCUGA